GUUACGCUUUUCACCACAGAUUUGGCGAUCGGUCUUGGCGCAACAUCUCCAACGGGCUCUAGACUCGCCUCAGACGCCAUUGAACGCGUAUCGAUUGUCUCGCUCUGCUCUCUUCUCUGACAACUUGCUCUUGCCAGACAUCAGUUCUCUCUCAUAGAACGCUCUGCUCAUCAUGUCUAGCCCAGCAAAGGAAGAUCUCCCCAAAGUGCCCACCGAUUUCAAAAAUGAACUGGAGAAAUUUGAUGCAGGGAAAAUGAAGCACACGGAGACCAAAGAAAAGAAUCCUUUGCCUUCUAAAGAAGAUUUGAUACAAGAGAAGCAACGUCAUGAAAUCUUUACUGGUGUCUCAACAUUCAACAAAGCCAAACUGAAGCGUACCAAUACCAAGGAGAAGAUAGUGUUACCAACAAAAGAAGUAUUGACGCAAGAAAAAAUAUAUGACCGGAAGCAACAAGUUCUUCAAAGUGUGACAGGCUUUGAUCGAAGCAAACUGAAGAAAACUAAAACAGUAGAGAAAAACUUUCUUCCAACUAAAGAAGUUAUUGAACAGGAGAAGGGUAGCAAAGCCAUUCUUCAAGGGAUAGAAUCCUUUGAUCCCUCGAAGCUGAAACCGACAGAAACUCAGGAAAAGAAUCCCUUACCAACUAAAGAAGUGAUUGAUCAAGAAAAAAGUGGUGCUGCCUAAAUAAGAAGUCUUCUACAGUCGUAAUUGUGAUUUGUAUCGGAUGACUUUAUUUAUUAUCAAUAUUUUUUGAUCUAGUUGCACGGAUGAAAGCGUAUUUGUUACUAAUGUUUUCUAAUGGCCUGUGAAAGUGUUGAUUUACUCUUUAUACUCUGUUAUCAAAUGCAACUACAGCUGUCAAUUGUAUUAAUAAUUUCAUGUGCUAUCUAUCAUAUCAUAGUUGGUAAAACCAGAAAUCUUUUGUAAGAAAAAUUUUUUGGGAAUUUAUUAUCAACUUUUAUAUGUUUCACUUAUUCGAAAUUGUAACUUUAUAUAAUAUUGAAUGCCUCAUGUACCAUUUUGAUAAGAAUUUUUUUAAUAUGGCAGGAGGAGAGUGAUCGUUAUCUUCUCACCUUUGUUCUAAUACUUUCUUACUACUGCCAAAUCUGUGUCUUGAUAUUGCUGCUAGUUCUUUGUAUAUAUGUAGAACAAUUGUAGGUAUAUGUGUCAAUGGUCAUUAACCAUCUCUCUAUCAAUAUAUUGUAGCAUAAAGAAUAAGCAAAAAAUCUCUUCACUUUUUAUAUUUCUUACUUUUCCCAGUUUCAAUUUCAUGGAAGGAAUAAAAAGAAUCUCAAUUUUUAUUUUCUAAAAUAUUUAAGAAAUCUCAUUCAUCUUUGUGAGUUAAUUUCACAAUGGAUUGAAAAGUUUCGAUCAUCUUUUUGAGUUAAUUUCAUGUGAGAUUGAAAAAUUUAGAUGAUCUUUGCAAGGCAUCCGAAUAAAAGCAUCAAAUCUUAAAAUUUGAUUUUUAAUAAAGAAAUGCAAGUUAUAACUUUUAACAAUAAGUUUUAAAUAUUCCAUUGUUCUGUCUCAAUAGCAGAUAAUAUAAUUAUUAAAAUAGUAAACAUUUUCCUCUCUUAUUAUUUUAGUUAUUUUUCAUUUAAAAAUGAAAAUGAUUACUUUGCUGUUUGAAAAUGAUAACUGUUCUCACUUGCAAUUAUAACUUGAUACUGAGGUUUAAAUGGGACUACAUUGCGCGAAUUAUGAGAAAACUAAGAAAUUGAAAACUGUGACAUUUUUUUUAAUGAUAAGUUGUUUAAGUUAAUGUUGUCUGCUAAUUUCAAGGUGUGUGAUGAGCAUGUGCAAAUAUAUCUAUUCUGUGUUGUAGUGAUAAAAAAGCAAUUUUAGAAAUUUAAUAAUUUUUUUAUAAUGUUACUGAGCAAAUUUGGGUAAUUUAUCAUGAAAAUUCAAAAUAAAUAUAAUUUGCAUUAAAUUGCUUAUAAUAUCAAAUAAAAAGUUUUAAUUUAUCAUAAGGAAAUGUUAAAUGUUUCAUACCAUGAUACCUUUAAGAUGUAAUCUUCAAUUUAUACUCUUAAAUCGCUAUUUCGCUUGAGCCUUCAUAUGCUGUGGAUAAAUAUUUUGUUUGAAAUGAAUUACGUUUUCAACAUAUAUUCAUUAAAUACUCAUUUAAAAUAUAGCUUAAUCAUUGUGCAUUAAUUCUCAUAUUGCUUGCUAUUCCUACUGUUAUAAUACUAGACAUCAAGGCUUCACUUAUAUCCUGCGGUUCUAUAUGAAAUAAACAUUAAUCACAACAUUGUACUUCCGUUCAUUUUCUAAAUAUGUGCCACUGUUUAAGUGUAAUGAAUAAAUGUAACAAUUUUGAUUUGUUUAAUGGAAUAUCAUUCUUAAAAGUCAAUAAAAUUACUUAAUAAGA